AUGGGUAACAGAAUUUGCAGCAUCGUAGAUAGUCUCCCCUGGCUGCUGAGGGCGAUGGCCGACUUCCCCGGCCACCCGACCCACUGGCUCUUCGGCCACGUCCACGAGUUUCUCAAGGAGGAAGAGGUGCUGGACAAGGUGGAGAUCUGGGCACAGAAGUACCUAUACGCUCACCCUCUCUGGUUUGGGAGUUUCUCUGCGUUCCUGGUUGUCACCGAUCCCGACUAUGCCAAGGUUCUGUUGGCCAGAGGAGAUCCCAAGGAUAACAUCAGUUAUAAACACCUUGUCCCAUGGAUUGGGAACGGCUUGCUGAUCUUGCAUGGGCCAAAAUGGCACCAACAUCGAAAACUCCUGACUCCGGGGUUCCAUUACGACGUCUUGAAACCGUACGUGGCCCUGAUGGCAGAGUCUACUAACGUGAUGCUGGAUAAAUGGGAACAGCUGAUCACAGAUGGGAAACCGGUGGAGCUCUUCGAGCACGUCAGCUUGAUGACCCUCGAUAGCAUCAUGAAAUGUGCCUUCAGUUGUCACAGCAACUGCCAGACCAACAGGAAAAACACCUACAUCCAGGCUGUCUACGACCUGUGCCUCAUGGUGCACCAGCGCCUCCGCAUCUUCCCCUACCACAACGACAUCAUUUACUGGCUCAGCCCCCACGGAUAUCGGUUCAGGAAGGUCUGCCAGCUCGCUCACGACCACACAGACAAGGUGAUCCACGAGCGAAAGGAAUCCCUUAAAGAUGAACGCGAGUUUGAAAAGAUCCAGAAGAAGAGACAUUUGGACUUCUUGGACAUUCUGCUGUGUGCCAGAGAUGAGAAUGGAGCUGGACUGUCCGAUGAGGACCUGCGUGCCGAGGUGGACACAUUCAUGUUUGAGGGCCACGAUACAACGGCCAGUGGGAUCUCCUGGCUCCUGUACUGCCUGGCGUCACACCCUGAGCAUCAGGCACGGUGCCGGGAGGAGAUCCAGGGCAUCCUGGGAGACCGGGAGACACUUCAGUGGGAGGACCUGGGCAAGAUGACUUACAGCACCAUGUGCAUCAGGGAGAGCCUUCGCCUUUAUCCACCAGUGCCUGGCGUGUCUCGGCAGCUCAGCAAACCCAUCACCUUCCCUGACGGACGCACCUUGCCAGAAGGCAGCAUCGCUGCGAUAAGUAUUUAUCUUAUUCACAGAAACCCCGCGGUAUGGAAAGAUCCUUUGGUGUUUGACCCUUUACGGUUUUCCCCAGAGAACGUCUCUGGCAGACACUCUCAUGCCUUUCUGCCUUUUUCUGCUGGAAUGAGGAACUGCAUCGGGCAGCAGUUUGCCAUGAACGAGAUGAAGGUGGCGCUGGCCCUGACCCUGCUCCGCUUCGAGCUCUGGCCCGACCCCGCCAAGCCUCCCUGCAAAAUACCUCAGAUCAUCCUUCGCUCCAAGAACGGGAUUCACCUGUAUCUAAAGAAAAUCAGCUGA